ACACGAGUUCUGGAGCGAAAUCUGGUGGCACGAGAAUGGAUGAUGGAAAAAUGGAUUUGUUCAUGUGGCAUGGUGGUAAGUUUGUGGAUGAACCCGUCUUAUGCUAUGUUGGUGGUAAAAAGCAUAGAUUUACAGAGAUUGAUAAAGACCUAAUGAGUCCAUUUGAGCUGAAAUACUUGUAUGAGGGGAUUGAUGGCAAUAUAAAUCCUGUUAGUUUCUUCUACAAUGCUCCGGGGAAGCAGCCAUCAGAUGGGUUAAUGGAGAUUAAAUGUGACUCGGAUAUGUUGACAUUUUUAAAAGCUCAUGAAGGGUUAGGAGUUGCUACUGUCUAUGCCGGGAGUGACCAAAGUGGAAAAGUACUUGCAAGUAAAACUUUUUUGGCAAUUGGGGAUGAAUCAAACAAGGCGUCAAGAGAUCUACAGGUCGAACAUGGUGUAAUCUCUGAAGAGCCAAUGAACAUCCAAAAUGCUAGUGGGGGGCUAUUGGGUAUUGUUGAAGAGGAAAUUGAUAGGGAGGAAUUGAUAAUCAGUGGUGAUAAAUUCUGUGACUUUGAAUAUUCUGGAUCAACCAGAGGGAAAGGAUUUACCUCAAUGCUUAAUGGAUGGAUAACCUUGAAGGGGUAAAUGAUUUUGAAGAUGAGACCUAUGUACAAUCAGGUGAGGAAGGUUUUGAGUCUGAAAUUGAUGAUAAUGAGGUCCCUGAUGAGGCAUACGAAGGGAUAGAGGGUUCGAGCGAUGAAGAUUGUGUUACAAAAAGGUCAAAUGAUGAGAGCACUAACAAGGAAAUAUACAAAAAAAUGAAGCAAAAAUGGAGAAAAAAGUUGAAGUUGAGAAAGAAAGUUGUUAUAGAUGAGCAAGAAGAAGCCCGAAGAAACAAGUGGGCUUCAAGUGAUGAAGAGGAGAAUGAUGACAUGCUGAAUGAUCCAUUUGACAAGAAUUUUCCAGUUUGGAGAGAAGGUACAAAAACAAUUAUGCUGAGGAGCAAUAUGCACUUCUACGAGUUGUGGUGGAUCUUGACAAGAAAGAGUGCACAUGUUCCAUGUUCCAGCUACAAGCAUACCCAUGUGAACAUGCUAUGGCAGUCAUAUGCACAUAUGGAAAAGAUGUUGAAGAUUACAUUGACAAUUCAUAUUCAAAGGAGGUGUACAUGGCAUGUUAUAACCAAGAUGUUCAUGCAGUUCCUGGUAAAGAUGACUACGUUAGUGGCAGUGGGCACAUCUUGAACCCACCAGAUGUACCCAAAAAAGAGGUAGGCCCAAAAAAAAUAGAAGAAAGGGGGUAGAUGAAAUCAAGCAUGGUGCCAACAAAAGUAAUGAACUUUUUUCUACUAGGAAGGGAGGGGGAAUCACCUGUCGGAAAUGCCUUCAAUCUGGACACAACAAGACAACCUGCAAAAAUGCUUAUCAUCCACAAUCCACAUUAUUAAAGCGUGGAGCAGGAACGUCUACCGAAGUUAGGUCUGCACCAUCAACUCAGGCAGAUUUUCCACCCUUACCAGAAGAUGGAAGAGCAACUCAAACUCAACAAGCUAGAGAGGGUGGUUUAGCACAUGGGAAGAGAAAGAAGAGCAUUACAGAAGCUGAAGUUUAUGAAUAGAUAAAGGCCCAUAAGAGAGUGUGGAAGCCAUAAUCUGGAGUUUAGAAAAAUCUUUUUUUUUGUGUUGUAUUUCAUGGCCAUGGGGUGAUAAAGGUGGAAGCUUUUUUUGCUUAUUUAGCUCCACAUUUUGGAAUGUAAUUUAAAGCCACCCAGGCAAAUUGAAGUUUUUUUUGCUUAUUUGACUCCACAUGUUGAAAGGGAGUACUUUAAAUAUUUGUUGGGUGCAUGUUUCUUUUAGAGAAUGAAAACAUUACUGGCCU